AUUCAAUACCACAUGAAUUGUAUUACAAAACGUUUUUUCCAUUAAAACUAUUAGUGAAAGUCAGUCAAUGUAUGUCUUCAUCACUAAUAUUAUAGUCAGACAUAAAGUAAAACAAUACUAUUGUUUGAAUUUGAUCCACAUUUUUGAGACAUUUGACUGACAAAGAAUGGCCACAACUGAUGAAUGCAAAUCACCGAAGAAGUCGUUGUCGUCACCUAAAAAUGGUCACUCGUUGGCCUUGAAUCGACCGGUAAGUGAACGGAUCAGUCGGCUAUACAACAAUACAUCGAUGGCUGAUCUGGUAUUCAUAUUGGCCGCAAACAAGACAUUGAUGGCCCACAAGUUGAUACUGGCCAGCGGUUCCACUGUUUUCUAUCAACUAUUCGAGUUGUCAAUUGAUAAACUUGGUCUGAAUAUGUCCAACGAAGACAAUCUAUCGUAUAUAACACUCAGAAAUUGUCCGAUCGAUCACUUCAGUCCAGUCAUAAAGUAUUUAUACACCGAUACUGUCGAUGUCAACGACGAUACAGUUAUCCAUGUAAUCAAUUGGUCACUUAAGCUAAUGAUUACAUCACUUAUUAAUCGAUGUCUUGAGUAUAUCGGCGCCAAACUUAAUGUUAACAAUUGUCUUCAUUGGUGGCACAAACUUAGAGACUUUGAACACCGAAUAUCUGAAUCUCAAGUAAUGGACUUAUGUUUUCAGACAAUUCUGGUCAAUGCCGGCAAUCUAUUCAAAAGCAAAGACAUUGUCAAUCUGUCGCUGAAUGAAUUGACAGAAUUGUUGGCUAACGAUGAUCUAAAUAUUACUGAAUCGGAUGCUUUUAAUGGUGCCAUACGUUGGGCACACCAGCAAUGUCUGAAAAAUGGCCAACAAUUUGAUAAUCAUAAUCUACGGGAAGCACUGGAUAAGGCUUUCUAUAAAAUCCGAUUCCCGUGUAUGACAUCAUCCGAGUUUGGAUUCAUUGUUAUUCAUUAUCCGAAUCUAUUCAACAACGAAGAGUUGUGUUCACUGAUUGCAUACAUUAACUCUGGUGUCAUAAGCAAACAAAUGACAUUCAAUACCAAUCAAAGAUCACAGAUAAUGUCGUCGACAACAUUUGUAAUGAUGCAAAAUCAGCCAAAUUAUACUCAUUUUACUCCUUAUCCUCCGAUACCACACUUACCGAUAAGCUUUCUGUCACCACCGCCUCCGCCAUCAUUCAUGACAUCAAUUCCGUACUGUGUUUUCAGUCCACCAAAGAAGAAUAAUAGGAGACCAACAAAGGCAGUAAUAACUGAUCCACAAACCGGACGAAUCAUUGAUUUCAAAACUACAAAGACGUCGACAAAUCAAUCAUCAAAAGAGAUUACGAAGAAUGGUAUUAAACCAAUCACUGACACAAUUGAUGACAAACAUGAUUUGGACAUAACUACUGAUGAAUCAUCUGAUAAUUGAUAGUCAUCUGCAGUAUAAUUUAAA